UAGCUAGCUAGCUAGCGCAAGGCUGGCUGAGCUGCUGUAUGGUUUCUAAGGAGUGGGUGGAGCUAUUAAUUACAGAGUGGGCGUAAAAGCUCGUAGGGAAAUUCCCUCAGUACACCCACAACAAGCUGAUGACUAAGGCUGAAGCAAUGUCUUCUCCACCUCCUGAUCAGAUUGUCUCGAAGCUGCAAGCUCACUGCGCACCUCUGGGUCUAGAAUGCCACCCUUUUAAAGUCGGCUGGUACAAUGGGGUCGUUCAAACCUCCUUUCGCCUACCCCAUCACCCAGACACACUCGCUCUCAUUAUUAUCAGUACCCCAUCAAUGUUUGAGCGAAUAUUCAAACCAUUUUUAGGCUCAGCAGAGUUUCAGCCCGAGACAAUGGACCCACUCGAUCAGUGUAUGAAAAAAACGUUUAAAGAUCUCGCUGAAUUGUUUGAAGACUUGCAAGUAGAGACAAUCCAUGACUUUGAAUCUCAUGCUAACAAGCGCCCCAAAGUGUUGGUACAGACUGCUGGACAUGUAGCCGGGGCUGCUCGAUACUAUCAGCGAAAUGACAUCACUGGAACUGAUCCGUGGGGCAAGGAGGAACGAAUAUACGGCGUGUCUAUGCAUCCAAAAUAUGGAGGGUGGUUCGCACUUCGUGGGGUGCUCAUCUUCAAGGAUAUUUUGGUACCUGAUUUGGAGCAGAAAGAACCGAUAGAUUGUGUACCAACGGAUGAAAUGAAGAUUGAUGUAUUACACAAAUACAACACAUGUUGGAAGGAUUGGACGUUCCGAGAAGUCUGUGUAAAUGCUAUCAAAGAAAGAUACUCGGAAGAACAGAAGCUGUACUUUGAAACACCACCUAAAGGAAGACAUAAACUGAUUAUGCAGUACCAGCUGUGAAAAAUUAACUUGUGUUUGUAGCGUUGUACCCUGAACUCUGCAUUGGUCACAACAUAAUGGCCACUCAAAGGAACUUACAUGUGUGUUUCCACAGUACAGAGGUUUCUUGGUGUGUAUUGUAUUGCUUUUGUGGUAGUAUCAUCUCAUCGCCAUGGCGUUUGAUAUUGAUUGGACAAAGUUUCCAACUUCAUUUCAGCAUAUCUGAAUACCACAUCAAUGG